AUGGAGGCUACUGGGGAGCCAGAGCCCGUGGAGCCAAGCCCUGGGGCCGAUCCCGAGAGUCGCGGCACGCGCUGCUUGCGGCUGUCCGGUUUCCGAGGGGAGCUGCGGGCGCUCUUGGUCCUGGCGGGCCCGGCGUUCCUGGCCCAGUUGAUGAUAUUUCUGAUUAGUUUCAUAAGCUCUGUGUUUUGUGGCCACUUGGGGAAGCUGGAGUUAGAUGCCGUCACACUUGCAAUCGCGGUUAUCAACGUUACUGGCAUUUCCGUGGGAUUUGGCUUAUCGUCUGCAUGUGACACCCUCAUCUCUCAGACUUACGGAAGCCGGAACCUGAAACACGUGGGCGUCAUCCUACAGAGGGGCACGCUCAUACUCCUCCUCUCCUGCUUCCCCUGCUGGGCAUUCUUCCUCAACACCGAGCUGUUGCUCCUUCUCUUCCAGCAGGACCCCGCCGUGUCCAGGGAUGGGUGGUCCUUUGAGUGUCUAGAGGACUGGGCCUCCUUUCUGCACCUGGCCAUCCCCAGCAUGCUCAUGCUCUGCAUCGAAUGGUGGGCCUAUGAGAUCGGGAGCUUCCUGAGCGGCAUCCUGGGCAUGGUAGAGCUGGGAGCCCAAUCUGUUGUGUAUGAACUGGCUGCCAUCGUGUACAUGAUACCUACAGGUUUCAGUGUGGCUGCCAGCGUCCGCGUUGGAAAUGCGUUGGGUGCUAGGAACAUUGAGCAGGCAAAGAAAUCGUCAGCAGUUGCUGUACUGAUCACAGAACUCUUUGCCAUCAUCUUUGGCAUUCUUCUGUCAAGCAGUAAGGACCUUGUGGGGUACAUUUUCACUACUGACAGAGAAAUCAUUGCUCUGGUGGCUCAAGUGGUUCCAAUAUAUGCUGCUUCCCACCUCUUUGAAGGUAUUGCUUGCACAUGUGGAGGAAUUCUGAGGGGAAGUGGGAAUCAGAAGGUUGGAGCUAUCGUUAAUGCCAUUGGAUAUUAUGUGGUUGGUCUCCCUAUUGGGAUUUCGUUGAUGUUUGCAGCCAACCUUGGAGUGAUAGGCCUGUGGUCAGGGAUCAUCAUCUGUACAGUCGCUCAAGCUGCAUGUUUCCUCGGCUUCAUUGCUCGGCUCAAUUGGGAGAAAGCCUGUCAGCAGGCUCAAGUGCAUGCCAAUUUGAAAUUAAAAAUGGCCCCCGAUGGGAAUUCCGCUGUCUCUCAGGACCUCCUUCAUCCAGGGAGUCCUGGAAACCAUGGAGGAAUUUUAAUGAGCGACAUUGAAGAAAAAGAUGAGAGUCAGUUGGAUCAGCAGUUGCAGACAGAAGAGCCCCUCUCCAUCCAUCCAAGGGAUAGGACUAAGUUGUCCAGGAGGCAGCUGGUCUUUCGGCGAGGACUCUUGCUCCUGGCAGUUGUUUUAAUCUUACUAGUGGGGAUUAUAGUGAGAUUGUUGGUCAGAAUUCAGUGA